AUUGGGGAUAUGAGCAGCAUUAAAACCCUGAAGCACAAUAUCCACCUGAAGGACCUCUUCUGCAUGGGGAAUCCCUGUGCUGAUUUCGAUGGCUACUCACAGUUCGUGGUGGCCACCCUACAGCAGCUAAAGUGGUUGGAUGGUCAAGAAAUAGAGUAUUCAGAAAGGAUUCUGGCAUUUCAGGACUAUCCAGCAAUUGAACAGCAAAUCAGAGAGCAGAACCAGGCUUACUCCUUCAAAAAAGCCAAUCUAAAGAAGAGGAAUAGAGGAAACGAGGAAGAUCCUGAAAAGGAAGACAACAAACAAAGAUGCAGCCCUGGUUUUGAUAGGCAUUGGGACACAGACAUCCCUCCUGCUCUCCCAUCUUCUACUGAGAGCGAAGGCUAUGUCCAGGCACCAGAAAUGGAAGAAGGGCAACAAAACACUAAGAAAUCAGAUGAAAGUAAAGAAGACCUAGCAUUCUGGAAUAAACCACCUGUGUUUACACCUGAAUCUAGAUUGGAAACUCUUAGAUAUGUAGAAAAACAAUGGAAAGCCCAAGAGAAAUUAAGUGACAAAAGGAAGGCAGUGAAACUGCCCCAGAUUUUGGUCACUGAGGAUGGGAAGGCCUUAAAUGUCAAUGCACCCAAGCUUGACUUUUCUUUGAAAGAUGAUGAAAAACAUAACCAAAUCAUUCUGGACCUGCCCAUCUCUAGGUAUAUGGAUGCCUCUUUAAUCGAGGUUGAUGUGCAGUCAACUUAUGUCCAAAUAGUGGUUAGAGGGAAGCCAUUUCAGCUCAUCCUUCCAGUAGAAGUCAAGCCUGACAAUAUCCCUACUAAAAAGUCUCAGACAAUGGGACAUCUGGUGAUCUGCAUGCCCAAAGUGAAAGAAGUGAUCACAGAUGGUAGACGAGCAUACAAAUAUGUGAAAACCUUACUGAAAGAAACGAGAACAAACUUAAGCAAGCAAACUGAGAAACUAGAAGUUGAUCCAAGCAAACAUUCAUGCCCUGAUAUAACUACCAUAGUUCAAGAAAAUCAGCAUGCAUCCAGAAGGUUGAGAUAUGAACCCAAAAUUACACCUGGUGGGGAACAUCCAGACUUUGAAGAUAACCCUGAAGUGCCUCCACUGAUUUGAAAUCACAGGCUACAUUGCCAUGGUUGUGAUCCAUUAGGCCCCACAUUUAUCAAUGUGAAGAAUAAGCAUAUAAUAUUUAUGUAACAAACACAGAAUUAUCUAUUAUUAUUAAUACUUUAUU